AGAUGCCAGUGGUACAUGCUUAAGUUUCACUUAUCUCAGGAAAAGGAAACACCUCCUUCAAAACAGGAGUCUGGACCACUCAUGGCAGGUCCUCCUCCCUCUGGAGGAUGAGAGGGAGUGGAUGAAGGCUGCUCGCUGUGCAAGUCCAGCAGCAGCAGCAGUGUCAGCUCUGCUGUCACGAACAACGAGUGGCCGAGUCCGUCCCGCUGCUUUUUAAGUCUGAGAGAUGGGACCUUAUUUUAAAGCUGGCUGACAGAUCAUCCAAACUUGGACCUCAAAUUCUUGGAAAACCGUUGUGUUUCUUUCUUCAAGCUGCGCAAACCAAGGUCCAGGUGUUAAAGGAGAUGAUAACAGUCUGAACCAACAUGGAGCCUGUUAAAAGAGACAUGGAGCUGCUGAGUAACAGCAUGGCGACCUACGCUCACAUUAAAGCCAACCCAGAGAGCUUCGCCCUCUACUUCAUGAUGGGCGUCUGUUUCGGGCUCUUCAUGGCGCUGUGCCUCCUGGUCGCCGGCAUCACCUGCAGGACUCGCCACCACAACAGGCCUCCUCCGUCCCCCGAGAGGAGGCAGCUGAAGGAGUCCAGCGAGGAGGACGAGGACGAGGACGAGGAGGAGAGCGCCGCAGAUGAGGACGGGGUGGAGGCGGACGUCCCGAAAGUGACAGUGGAGCCUCUGAGCGACCGCAGCAGCCAGUCCAACGGCACUCUGAGGAGCGUGAACGUGUUCGCCUCGGCCGAGGAGCUGGAGAAGGCCAGGCGUCUGGAGGAGAGGGAGCGAAUCGUCAGGGAGAUCUGGAGGAACGGGCAGCCGGACAUCCUGGUCACGGGGACGGGGACAAUCGGACGAGUGCAUUACCACUAAGAGACAUUUUGACUAAAAAAAGACGCUUCACCUUUACCUGUAUGGAGGCACAAAGUGGUCAAAUGAAUGAAUAUUACUGGUGUGACAACAGCAAAAAUAAACCUUCUCUCUAAUGUAGUAACCCCCCACAUACAGCAUAAUUAUUUAUUACAUACUCUAAUUUAAACCUUUAUGUCACACAGGAAGUUUUAUUGUAUAAAAUUAGAAUUAAAAACAGGUAAAUUUAAGAAAAAGUCCACACCUGAAUACUUUUUGUACAGACCCUAAAUACAAGCCCCAAUUCUAAUGAAGUUGGGUCAUUGUGUAACGUGAAUAAAAACAGAAUACAAUGAUCUUUUUCUAUGUUUUUUUGCAAAUAUUCACUCAUUUUGAAUUUAUGCCCGCAACUUGUUGCAGAAACUGAGACAGGGUCAUGUCUAGCACUUUGUUAAAUCUGAAAUAAACAAGGACGUCCUUGAAAAAUACGUUGCUUAGAUGGCGGCACAUGUCACUCCGAAAUCUGUAUGUACCUCUCAGCAUUAAUGUCAUGGGCCACUAACACAACCUCAUGCCAUCACAGUUCCUGGUUUGUGAACUAGUCAUGUUUGAUACCGAAUACACCUGGAGGUGUAAACCUCACCUAUCAAAUCAUUAUUUAUUUAUUUUAAACUCUGAAGUAUACUGAGGUAUCGGCCUCGUUUACUAUAUAGCCGAGCAAGUACAACAACAGAAAAACCAAACACAGGACACAAUCAUACAAAAUAUGUGAAAACGCUGUUUCAAAUAAUAAUAAGACAAUUAAAAUAAUUUGUUUAGCUAUUAAGAACUACUAUAAAAUGUUUCACAAGGUUUGUUGUGUUGCCACAACUCAAUUAGUUACUUUCCAUUGUGUUCCUGUUACACAUCACUGUUGUGCUGACAACAAUCUGAACAGUCAUUUUCUUCUUUAGCCCCGAUGACACAACCAAAAACAAUCUGAAAUGUAGACGCCCCACACUUUUCCAGUGUUUCUGGUGGUUUGCUUUGUGCGGUAGAGGUUUAACUCACACUUUUAGAUGUAGUGACUAACAGUGACUUUCCAAGUGUCCCUGAGCCAACGUCCUUCACAGGAUGAUUUUUAAUUCAGUGCCACCUGAGGGGACGAAGGUCGAAGGCAUUUAACACUUCAUCAGGCAAAAAAAAAAAUAUAUAUAAAUUUGAUUCUUUCUUUUGUUUUUACCACUUAAGGCCAAGGAACCAUAUAUGGUAACUUCAUUUAUCUUGAUUUUUGCCCUAUAAUAACUCUCUAGGGUUGAAACUUGGAGCCCAAUAAAGAGUUAAUGUUUGUUUUAAAGUUUUGCAGCUUAGAUGCAAAGAUUUUCCCCUGAUUCUCUGAAGUUUUUUGAUGACAAUAUGCGCUGUAAGUGAUGAAAUCCAUCGUACGUUCAGAAACGUUGUUAUUAAACUGUUUGCACGCGUCACAAAGCAGUGACCUCCACCCCUGCUUGAGGACUUUCUGAUGAGCUCCUUUUAUACCAAUCAUGACACUCACCUGUUUCCAAUGAACCUGUUCACAGGUGUUUCUUUGGGCGUUCAUCAACUUUCCCAGGCUUUAGUUUCCUCUGAGUUGCAGGCGUCAAAUCCAAAAUGAGUGAAUAUUUGCAAAAAACAAUAAAGUUUUUCAGUUUAAACGUAGUAAGAUUCUGUCCCUGUAGCGCGUUCCAUCAAAUAUAGGUUCAAAAAGAGUCGCAAAUCAUUGUAUUCUGUUCUUAUUUAUGUUUUACUAAACGUCCUGACUUCAUUGGAACUGGGGUUCGUGAAUGAAAUAAAUACGACACAAACAAUGAGAAUAAAUACAGACAAAAUAUAUACGAUGCUUUUACUUUAUUUCCGUGGCAAAAUGACAAAUAACAAAGUGUUGAAUAUAAAAUGUAAUAAAAGAAAAACAAAGUACAAACUAAACAGGACGGUGUAAGGAAAUAAAACGUAUCAUAAAUGCACAAAUCUAUAUAUAAAUAACCAGUUUCAAUAUGAGAAGAACGAUGUUACUGGGAUGUGGAUUUCACAAGGUUGGAGCGUCUUUAGUUUCAUAAUUAGAGCAGAGAAAUGGAAAAGUAGGACGAGAAAGAAGAAGAAGAAGAACGAAGAUGUUUAUCAGAAGAGUUAUUUAUUCAAACUGAGGACAGGAUAUGUUCGAUUAUGGCUAAAGUUUGUAGCUGAAGGACUGAAAAUGUUUACAAAUCUGAGUCAUUCGCCAUCAUUACGCCUGUGGCAUAAAAGAGAUUUUAAACUUUAAUCUUUUUACAAUGUGAAUAAUUAAAACCACUUCUUCUUUUUUUUUAUCCCAUCAUUUGAUUUGUUCACAUCUUUUUUUUAAUUUUUAUUCUUUUAUAAGUCUCUAUGAAAACUGAGGUGGUGAAGUUACUAUGACCCACAUAGAUUUAUUCAGUAUUAAACAAGUUAAUGGGAAUUAAAGCCUGAACGAUGUUUGAAACCAGCUCUGAGAAGAUUAUCAGCUCACUGAUUGAUGACUACAGUAAUGAUCGGACUCCAGAUGUCCCACACAGCAGCGUCGUGGUGGGAUAAUCCCACAUAAAACUCCCCCAGUGUCUCUGACCCGUCACUUCCUGAGUUUCCUUUCCCACAUUUCCCAUCACCCUCAUUCCCUCCCUCCCUCCCUCCUGUAGAGUCCUGGCUACGUUUUUUUUUUUUUUUUUGAUGAAGCUGCGUCUGUGUCAGAGCAAUGAAAGAGCCUUUUCACCUCCACCCUACUGUAGAUAUUACCAAGGCAGUGUCGUCCCAGGAGCCGGUCCAUUUUCUCUUCCUCCCGCCGUCCAUGAAAAGGCCGAUUAUGUUACAACUGGAGGGCUUGUGUCCGCUGUCCGUCCUCCGAGUGUCGUGUUGUAAGUGGCGCUGGCUGAAUUGGAGAUUGUUUUGGAGAGAAAAUGGAGAGACUCAUGACCCCGAUGAUUUGUGCUCGCUCUGUUUAUUCAGAAUGAAAGUAUGUUUCACCCCAAUGACCUUUAAAAAAAAAAAAACAUGACUAAUAUGAUGUUGGGUGCUAAAGUUUGGGUGAAAUACAUGUUUUGUAGCAUAUUUUGUGAUUUAAAAUAAUUAAACUGCAGCAAACAAACAUUAAAA